CUCAGCCUUCAGAGAGACCGAAGCGCCCUGAGACCUGUGACAGCACUUCCCCAUCGAGCUCCGGAGGUCAGGCAACACAGAUGAGAAUGCGGGAUGCCCCCAGCGCUUCCUGUUUUUUGGCUUGGGGCCAGAAGUUUUCUAACUCUCUGGGUUCUGGCACACUCCCAACAUCUCUGUGUAUCUUAAGGGGCUGACUGUAAUUAUUAGAGCUUCUAGGAAGAAGCCUAGUGCCUUUUAGGAACAGGUCCUGCCCCAGCAGAGAGUUCUCAGUUCUUUGUCUAGUUGCCCUGCUCCCAAGGACCAUAGCCCUUGGCUAUAGCACCAGAGUAAAUUUGUCAGGGUUAGGGCCCUCCCACUCCCAAUGGGGGCAUUUUUUGGCCCUAAAGCCAUCUCCCCAGAGCCUCAUCUCACCGUCCUCCACCUAAGAGGCUACAGACAUCCAAGUAGGUCUGAGUCGCCCCAGGGGCAGAAUCGAAAGUGAUCGCUGCUCUAAGUCGAUGCUGGUGCACUGGCAUUUCUCCGGGGGCUAACAGUUUCAGUAGACCAGCCGCCCAGAAGCCUUGCCCACAACCCUGAAGAACUUGGGCUUCAUCAGGGAUGGCAUCCUUGGGGUCUGCCAGCACAUCAGCCAUCCAAGGUCCACCCUUGGCUGGACUCUAUGCCCAGGUAGACCUUCACCUGGGCUGCUCUCGCUGUACUCAGUGCCUCAAUGAGAGCACCUACCUUCUGCUUGAAGUGGAGCACAACUGCCCCAGAGAAAUCUUGCUGGUCCGCUACAAGGAAGCCGCCAAGGGCAAGAUCUGGCGCAAGGUAGGCCGCCGGCCCAGCUUCCCAAGGCCUAUGCGCUAUGAAGUCUGCUACUACUAUAGCCCAGGGUCCGGCUGUAGGCACCACAAGAACAGAUGCACCUUUGCCAGAAGCUCUGAGGAAGCACUGGUCUGGACAUUUGAACGCAAGUACAACGUUUCUCGGCUGACACUGAAAGCCGCUGUGCAGGGCACCAGAGUCCCAGAUCAGCCGCCAACCCCAGCUGACACCAUCAGAGCAGAGUUUGGUGGCCACUUCCAACUGCUUUGUGCCUUCUGCUUCAAGGGCCGUCCCCCGUGCCUCCGUCCCGUAGAUCCUAGGGGUCGUUGCCCUAAGCACCAAAUCUGCUCCACAGUCCUCAUCCACGUUAUAGAUGAGGGCCGAAAGCGACAGUUUGUGGAGGUGCGGCCACAGCCAAGAAGAAACCGCCCUUUAAACUAUUGCAUGUUUGUGGGCCGUGGGACACCGUGCCGCCAUGGGGCCUCACGCUGUGAGUACGCACAUAGUGCUGUGGAGAUGGCUGUGUGGAAGGCUGAGCAGUUGGAUGGGCUUCAGAGAGCAGAUCUGCUCAUAUGUCCUCCUUUCCUUGGAGAGGACGCAUGCAAAGCCAGCCGUGAUCAGCCUCCUGUGGUCCAGCUGUACUGCUAUGCCUGCCUGGUCACCUGUAGUUCUCAAGAGGCGUUUGAGAACCACUGCUCCUCCCUGGAGCAUGCACAGAUGGUGGCUUUUGACCAAGCUGUGCCCUGGAAGCACCGUGCCCCACCAAUGGGGCUCUCCAAGUUUGAGCUCUGCCCUAGGCCUGAGCUCUGUGAGUAUGGAGACAUUUGCAUCAAGGCACACUCAGAACAGGAGUUGCAGGAGUGGGUUCACCGGGCACAGGGCAUGGAGCUACGAGAACAGGCGGCCUGGCAGGAUGGGCUGGUAUCUUACCAGGCACGGCUGCUAGCCGAGUACCAGCGCAGCAGCAGAGAGGUGUUGGUGAUGGCUGAGGCUAUCGAUGGAGUAUCUGUCACUUGCCACCAGCCGCUGGUGCAUCGGGCCCAGGAGAAGAAGACCCAGCACAACUGGAUGUUCACCAUCCACUCUGAGGACCCCUUGCUACACGUGGCCUUACUCAAGCAAGAGCCUGGAGCAGCCUUCUCACUGGUGGCCCACAAUCUCCCACCAGACCAGCUGUAUGCACAGGGGAAGCACUUCUGUGUGCCCAGCUCCCCAGCCCAAUUCCAGGUAGGGGUCCAUGUGCAAGCUGCCUCCUUUGGCAGCUUUGAGCAGUGGGUGGUCUUUGACUUUGGUCGCAGGCCAGUGCUGCUCCAGAAACUGAAACUGCAGCUAGGCCAGGCACGCAGCCUAGGGCUCAGUGGGAAGCCAGCACCCAGCCACCCCCAGGAGCUGGAAUGCUGGCACACAGGCAACCGCCAUGUGGUACGCGAGGUAGACUGGACACCCGAGCAGGAAGCCCUGAUGGCCAAGUACAAGUCACCAUCCCUGGCUCUGCAAGUCAGUGGUCAGGUCUGGGGCCCCAUCUCUCGGUGGAACUACCGGCAGAGAAUGCACAGAUUUCUCUAUGAGGAAGAAGCAGCUCAGCAGCAGCUAGUAGCCAAGCUGGCCACGAAGGGCCAGGUCUCCCUGAAGACGGCCCUGCAGACACCAGCCCUUGGCAUGCUCUUCGCACCACCAGGAGCCCUCUAUGCCGAGGUUCCCUUCCCCUCCUCUCUGUUGCCAGACACUGACCAGGGCUUCCUGCUGAGCCGAGCAGUCAGCACAGCCCUUGUGGCUCCUGCGCCUGCGCCCGACAAUACAGUAUACCAAGUGCGGCUGGAGACGCUGGCCAGCUCAGAGCAUGCACUGUGGCUGCUGUUACCGGCACGAUGCUGUGUGGCUUUGGGGCUGCAGCCACAAGACAGGCCCGUCUUGGAGGUGCAGUUCCAGAUUGACCCCCUGACCUUCCGGUUCUGGCAUCAGGCAGUGGAUGCACUGCCUGAGGAGCGGCUGGUGGUGCCUGACCUACCCACCUGCUCCCUGCCCCACCCGUGGCCCACCCCACCCUCAUUUCGUGGCAACCACAAACAGAAGUUGGCUGUGGGGCUCAUUGCAGGCAGAAGAGAUGAGGGCACAAAGCCCAUUCCACCACUGCUCAUCUAUGGGCCCUUUGGCACUGGCAAGACCUACACGCUGGCCAUGGCCGCCCUUGAGGUUGUCCAGCAGCCCCACACAAAGGUGCUUAUCUGCACACACACCAACAGUGCUGCAGACAUCUAUAUCCGGGAGUACUUCCACAGCUAUGUCAACUGUGGCCACCCAGAGGCAGCUCCACUCAGGGUGAUGUACACAGAUCGCCCUCCGAGACAGACUGAUUCAACCACGCUGCAGUACUGCUGCCUCUCCGAGGACCGCCAGGCCUUUCGCCCGCCCACAGGAGCAGAGCUGGUACAUCACCGUUUGGUGGUCACCACCACUUCCCAGGCUCGUGAGCUGCAGGUGCCAGCUGGCUUCUUCUCCCACAUUUUCAUUGAUGAGGCAGCCCAAAUGCUGGAAUGCGAGGCCCUCAUCCCACUGGCCUACGCCUUGUCAUUAACCCGUGUAGUGCUGGCGGGGGACCACAUGCAGGUCACCCCGAGGCUCUUCAGUGUGCCCAGGACCAAGGCAGCCGAGCACACGCUGCUCUACCGCCUCUUCCUGUACUACCAGCGGGAGGUACACAAGAUCGCUCAGCAGAGCCGCGUCAUCUUCCAUGAGAACUACCGCUCAACUGCAGCCAUCAUCAACUUCGUUUCCCACCAUUUCUAUGUAGCCAAGGGAAACCCCAUCCAGGCCAGCGGCAAAGUCCCAGGUCACCCCCAAAACUACCCUCUCAUGUUCUGCCAUGUGGCAGGCAGCCCUGAGCAGGACAUGUCCAUGACAUCCUGGCUUAACUCAGCUGAGGUCACCCAGGUAGUGGAGAAGGUGCAGGAGAUUUACAACACCUGGCCUCACUGCUGGGGACCCCGGGAACAGAGACACAUCUGUGCUGUCUCUCAUGGUGCCCAGGUCAGUGCGUUGAGGCAAGAGCUAAGAAGGAAGAACCUCGGUGAGGUGUCUGUGGGCAGCUUUGAGAUCCUGCCAGGGCGUGAGUUCCGGGUGGUGGUGUUGAGCUCGGUUCACAACUGCAAUAGUCUGCUUAGCCCCGGGGCACCAAAAUCAGAAUUCUUCACUGACCCCCGUGUGCUGAACACAGUCAUGACCCGUGCCCAGUCCCAGCUGGUGGCUGUGGGAGAUGCUGUGGCUCUCUGUUCCUCUGGAGCCUGCAGAAAGCUCUGGAAAAGCUUCAUCCGUGAGUGCAUAGAGCAUCACAGCAUCUUCCCUGAGGACCUGUCACUGGGGCAGAUCGAGCAGGGUGUGGCACAGAGACAGCACUGGGCCUCUUUGACACUCAGGACUGGGGACCCAGGUGCAGAGCACAAAGUUAUGGCACAGGACCGGCAAAGUCCCAUAGCUGAAGGGACCACGGUCACAGUGAAGACAGAGACUGGAGCAAGGGCAGCAGCCACAGUACAGAUGCAGGCAGUGGCAGCAGGGGACACAGCAAGAGGAGACUCAGCCACUGGACAUGCAGCGGCAAAAGUGCCCGCCCUGGAAGGUGGGGCGUCCGAGGAACCGGAGGAUUCCGAAUCAGACUUCUGGCCCUCUGACUGGGCACUCAAUGCCGACGACGCCAUCCUGAAGGAACUUCUCGACGAGAGCCGGCAAGUGACUGUCACUGUCAGGGAGGAUGGACUUCUGGACACCAUGGUUUGGCCUGCAUCACCACAGCAGGCCCGACAGUACACAAACCUACCCUCGGCUGUGCUGCGGAAGUUCCUGCGCUCAGACCCCAAGCAAUACCGCCGUUGCAGCUUCCUGCCCGAGACUUUUGAGAGAGCAUUGGCCACUCCACUGGAUGAUGCGGCCUCUAGCCCAAUCCAGGUCAGAGGUCGUCUGAACUGUGGGAUGGCCUUCACAGGGGAUGAGGUGCUAGUACAGGUCCUGGGCCCAGCAGCUGAUGACAGGGGCAUUCCAGGAAGCCUGCAGGGUCGUGUGAUGGGUGUGCUAAAGAGGAGGAGGAGUGAACUGGCCUUUGUGUGUCGGAUGGACGAGUGGGACCCCCGCAUCAUGAUUCCCAUCAAUGGCUCUGUGACCAAGAUUUUUGUGGCAGGGAUGGAGUCACAGCAAGUUCCCAUCCACCGCCUCGUUCAAGGCCAGGUACAGCUUGUGAGGCUUGAGAGUCUCGUGCCCGAGGACCGGAGCACUCGGCUUUUCUGGGUCCGUAUUGUUCUUUGGCGGGAACGCUUCUACUACCCACUGGGCAUUGUCCUGGAGGUGCUGCCCAAGGCUGUCACCUGGGAGCAGGGCCUUCAUAUCCUUGACCUAGAGCAUGGCCUGAGGGCCCACAGGCCAGACCCAGCCUCUGUUUCCAAGGCUUUGCAGAGAUACCACUCAGAGCUAAACACGGUCCCUGUUCACCGAGAGGACUAUCGCUACAUCUUGACCUUCACUGUGGACCCCCAAGGUGCCUGCAACCUUGAUGAUGCUCUUAGCGUCCGGGACCUAGGCCUGGUGUGUGAGGUGGCUGUGCAUAUCGCUGACGUGGCCAGCGUGGUGCCCAAGGAUGGUGCACUGGACGUAGAAGCCCGCCAGCAGGGCACUGUGUUUUAUGCCCCGAAUAGGGAGCCAGUACUUAUGCUGCCAGCCAGCUUGUGCCAGGAUGCCCUCAGCCUUCUGCCAGGUCAAGAUCGCCUCACCAUUUCUCUCUUCCUCACCAUGGAGAAAAGCAGUGGGCAGAUCAAGAGUUUACGAUUCGCACCCUCCAUAAUCCGCUCUGACCGCCAGCUGUCCUAUGAGGAAGCCGAGGAACUGAUUAAGGGGCACCCUGGGGCUGGCCUGGAGCUGCCAGCCCACCUGGACUCUGUGGAGGCAUGUGUCGUGGCUGCCUGCUACUUCUCCUGGAUGCUGCGUCGUCAGCGCCUGCCAGACACCUGCUACUAUGAGCCUCCAGACGAGGACAGCGUGCUGGGCUUCCGCACAGCCCAUAUCAUGGUCCAAGAGUACAUGAUCCAGUUUAACAGCCGUGUGGCAGAAUUUCUUGUGGACAGUAAGCACACACAGACACUCACGCCACUAAGAUGGCAACCCACACCCAGUAGGCACCAGCUUGACAGUGUUUUCAAGAAGCACAGAGAGCUGGUGCCCCUGUCACUGCACCUGUGCCACCACUUGACCACCCACUACACCCCCAGCAAGCAGCUGUGUCUCCUGACUUCCCUCUGGAAACAGGUGCAGCUUGCAGCUGAUACUCAGGACUACAGCCAGAUGGUGGACCUUAUUGCUGCCGAGGACAUGCACCCUUCGCUGGCUCCCGCUUGCCUGGACUUCCGAAAGGCUCUAGGCCGCUCUGUUUUUGGCCGCUCCAGCCGGGGUGACCAGCAACCUGCUGGCCACUACUCACUGCAGGUGGAUUGGUACACGUGGGCCAGCUCGCCCAUCCGUAGGUAUCUAGAUGUGGUGCUGCAGCGGCUAAUCCUGCUGGCUCUGGGCCACAGGGGCUGUACCUAUUCUACCAGGGACAUUGAUGGUCUCUGCCAGGACUUUAGUCGCCAGCAUGCUUGCGCCCAGAGCUACCAACGACGGGCCUACAGCCUGCACCUGGCCAUUCAGGUGAGGGCCCAGUCUCGGAGCCAGCUGGGCUUUGUGGUAGAUGCUGAGAUGGGUGCCCGCUGCUUCAAGGUGCUUUUCCCGGUAAACCGAGAGACUCUGCCUGACCCCUGCCCCAUCCACUACCACUCCCUGCAGUUGGCUGAGCACCCCCAGGAGCUAGCGAGCCAGACAGGCCUGCGGCUUGUAUGGCGCCGCCGCAUCUAUUCAGUGCAGGUGUCCAAACCACCUUUACCACCGCUGGGCACGAAUUUUGAUCCAUACACCCAGACUAUAGAUGCAGCCCUGUGGAUGAGGCUGCUGUCGCUGGUGAGGGAGCAGCGCUGGCCUGAGGCAGCUGCCCUCAUCCAGGAACAAGACAAGAAGCUUCCUGGCCGAAGGGAGCCAGUAUGGGUACGCAAGAGCCGCUGUGGACACUUUACAGAGGUGACCUGUGAGCUGGGCUGUGGAGAUGCUCUGCAGCUGCAGCUUGGUGCCAGCCUGCAGCGGGGCUUCCUGACACCAACCGUGCAGCUGUGGACUGUGGCACCUGGCUUCAGCCUCUGCCUGGAGCACAUGGAACGGCCAGGCGACUGCUUUUCAGGCCAUGUGCACCAGGCUCUCCAGGACCAGUACUGCCAAGUAAGCGAGUACUCAGGUGUGUGGGAGCCGCUCUGUGCCCUGGAGUCCCUCACCAGCGCUGUGACAGACAAUGACUCCAUCAUGCUGCAGAACGUGCACAUUUCUUGGGACACGUCACGCGGGCAACUGCAGGGCUCUUUCCAUCUGGAAGCCGCUUUUCUCCAGAAGAACUGCAUCAACAUCCACUUUGGCUAUUGUUACUUCUGCAUUCGGCUGGAGGGCCUCCCUCUGCCCCUAGCUAGCUCACUCCCUAGACCUAGCCGCCUUGGCCCCUUCCUGAGCAUGGACCCUGAUACUUACACCUGGGUGGCUCAUGGGCUGUCUGGUGACUGGGAUAAUGGACUGGCUGUUGACUAUGACCAGGAGAACACGGAUGAUCGAGAGGAGGGUCCCAAGCAGGUACACUUCUUCAUCCACCACAUGGCCAUGGAGAAGGUUCCAGAAGAGGUGCUGAGACCUAGUGCUCGGUUCACCGUGGAAGUGCUAUCUAAGCAGCUUCCUGACCUCCGCAAGGAAGAAGCCAUACGAAGGCUAGAAAAGGCUUCCCCACUGGUCAUCAGCAUUGCCUUGGGCCGGCCCAUCCCUGAGCCCCAUCAAAGGCCCAUCCCCAACAUGUUCUUGGAGCGGCAGAACUACAACAUCCCCGGCGGACGUCAUAAGCUGAACCCUAGCCAGAACAGAGCGGUCAGGAGUGCUCUGGAGAAGCAGUUCACCGUCAUCCAGGGCCCGCCAGGCACAGGGAAGACCAUUGUGGGCCUCCACAUUGUAUACUGGUUCCACAGGUCAAACCAGGGGCAGAUGCCAAGUGGCAGCAGCCAUAGUGAAGGGGAGCAGAUUGGGGGCCCGUGUGUCUUAUAUUGUGGCCCCUCCAACAAGUCGGUGGACGUCCUGGGAGGACUGCUCCUCAGUUGGAAGUCAGAGUUGAGGCCCCUGCGUGUAUACGGGGAGCAGGCAGAGGCCACUGAGUUCCCUCUGCCAGGGGUGAGCAACAGGAGUCUAUUUGGUAAGCCCUUUCAAGAAGGAAGGCCAAAUCAGAGCCUCAGGAGCAUCACCCUUCACCACCGGAUCCGCCAGCCCCCCAACCCACAUGCAGCAGAGAUCAGAAAAUUUGAUGCCGAGCUUCGGGAGGGGAAAAUACUCUCAAGGGAGGAGCUCAUCGUGUACAGGAGAGUCUUGGGGAAGGCACGCAGAUAUGAGCUCAUCCGGCACUCGGUCAUCUUGUGCACAUGCUCCUGUGCAGCCUCAGGGAGCCUGAAAACACUGAAUGUCCAACAGAUCCUUAUCGACGAGGCAGGCAUGGCCACUGAGCCAGAGACCCUUAUUCCCUUGGUGUACUUCUCAAAGGCUAAGAAGGUGGUUCUGCUUGGCGACCACAAGCAGCUGCGGCCUGUGGUCAAGAAUGAACAGCUGCGAAACCUGGGGAUGGACCGGUCUCUCUUUGAGAGGUACCACAGGGAUGCCCUCAUGCUGGACACACAGUACCGUAUGCACAAGGACAUCUGUUCCUUCCCCUCUAUGGAGUUCUAUGGGAGAAAGCUGAAGACCUGUCCCAACCUGAGGCGUCCACCCAGCAUCCUCGGUCACGCUGGCAAGGAGAUCUGCCCUGUCAUCUUUGGCUAUGUGCAGGGCCAUGAGCAGAAGCUGCUGGUGUCCACCGAGGACGGCAAUGAGAACUCCAGGGCCAACCCGGAGGAGGUAGCAGAGGUGGUCCGCAUCACCAAGCAGUUGACCCUGGACCGGACAGUGGAUCCCAAAGAUAUUGCCAUCCUUACACCCUACAAUGCACAAGCUGCUGAAAUCAUCAAGGGUCUCAGGCAAAGAGGGGUCACCGGAGUCACUGUGACUUCUGUCACCAAAAGCCAGGGGAGCGAGUGGCGCUAUGUAAUAGUCAGCACAGUCCGAACCUGCCCCAGAAGUGAUUUGGACCAGCGACCAACCAAGAGCUGGCUCAAGAAGUUUUUAGGCUUUGUUGUGGACCCCCACCAAGUAAACGUUGCCAUCACCCGGGCCCAGGAGGGGCUGUGCCUCAUUGGGGACCACGUACUGCUACGCUGCUGCCCGCUCUGGCACCGUCUCCUAGACUUCUGUGAGGCCCAGCACAGCCUUGUACCUGCCGAGAAGGUGCGGGUCCAGAGAAAAUCGGCUCUAUCUUCCUGAAGAGCUCCCAUCUGCCCAGGCCUCGAUGUGCCAUCAGCUGAGGGAAUGUCCCUCAUCCUUCUCUGGCAAGGGCCUGGGCAUGCAGUGGAUUGCCACAGCUCACGCUCACAGCUGAAAUCAAUCAACCACUUCUGCUAUCUUCUUGGGAAAGGCCCUGAUAUUGGCUGCAGUCUCGAAGUGGUGACAAGUCUUAUGGGUGGUGGCCUCUUCCUGUGCCGGAAGCAGGCUUAAUAAUGAUGACCUUCCUGUUUGUGCUUGGACUUGAGUGGAGGGGGAAGAGCUCCCAACUGUGUUGUUUUUUUCCUCGGCAUUUGAUGACUGGAACACCUCUUAGUGGCCACAGAGGACCCCAGGAUAUACCUUUGCCUGUUACUGGGGGCCUAAACCGGAAGGAGACUCCUCUGAUACUGCACUUUGACACUGAGAUCAAGCUAUGGUUGCACUGGGCACUGUGUAUUCUACUGCCCCAUU